UACCACUACCACUACCACUGCUAUCAACUCUACCUCUUCCCAUCCAUCAUUCUCAGCUUCAUUCAACGCUCGGUUGUAUUCUUCCAUUCUUAAGCCGCUCCUCGUUACCAUUGCCCAAGUCUUCGUCCUGGACAUGCAACUCUUAUAACCACAACAUCCCACUCUUGGAACUUUAUUCACUUUGCCUCAAGCUAGCAAGACUUGUUUGUUGGCCCAUUUCGACUCCUAUCUCUUCUCACAUCCCUCUCUCACCCGUCAGACCGACCAGUAAUGGCGCCUACCAUGGGCCAUUCUGCCAGUUACGGUCAAGUCAUUGAAUAUAUCCAAGAUCGACUAUACCUAGCCUCAUACAGUCAACCUCCCAAUGAGCAUACUCCCUUCCCAUAUCCUGCGACACAAGCAAAGAGGUCUCCUCACAAGAAGUCCAUCCGACCUCAAUCCACACCUACUGCCCCAUCACUGCGCCCGCCUCCAGUGUACUUCACAAUUGACGAUACUCUUCUUUACAAUGCUUUCCAUGCCGAUUUCGGUCCGCUGCAUAUUGGCCAUUUGUAUAGAUUUGCAGUUCAAUUUCACGAGAUACUUGGUGACCCCGCAAACAAUGACAAAGCCGUCGUAUUUUGGUCGAGGGCCGACGCCAGAAGCCGAGCAAACGCUGCAUGCUUGGUAGCUUGUUAUAUGGUACUCAUCCAAGCAUGGCCUCCACAUCUCGCCCUCGCCCCUAUCGCGCAAGCCGACCCUCCCUAUAUGCCCUUCAGAGACGCUGGGUAUAGUCAAGCAGACUUCAUUCUGAAUAUUCAAGAUGUCGUCUAUGGUGUGUGGAGAGCCAAGGAAGAGAAUCUUUGUCAACUGAAGGAAUUCAAUCUUGAAGAGUAUGAACGCUAUGAGCGAGUGGACAUGGGUGAUUUCAAUUGGGUCUCACCUCAAUUUGUCGCAUUUGCAUCGCCUCAAUCCGAGCCCGUCGCUCCCAUCCCAAUCACUUCUCCCGCCUAUGCCACCUUACCAUCUUGCGUCCCGGAGAUCAAGAACGCCAGGAUUGGUCAGCCCUUCAAGAAUGUCUUGACUCACUUCGUGCAAAAGGAUGUCGGUCUAGUCGUGCGCCUGAACUCGGAGUUGUACUGUCCGACCUACUUUACCGCUUUGGGCAUUCAACACAUUGAUAUGAUCUUUGAAGAUGGCACAUGCCCCGCGCUGCCUGUGGUUCGCAAGUUCAUCAAGCUUGCUCAUGACAUGAUCGCGAAGAACAAGAGCAUUGCUGUCCACUGCAAGGCAGGACUUGGUCGAACAGGAUGUUUGAUUGGUGCAUAUCUGAUUUACCGACACGGAUUUACCGCAAACGAGGUCAUCGCGUUCAUGCGUUUCAUGCGGCCCGGUAUGGUGGUUGGUCCUCAACAGCACUGGCUACACUUGAACCAGAACCAGUUCAGAGAGUGGUAUCUUGAAGACCAGUGGAAACUGAAGAUGGAAUUGGCCAAACCAUCCACCCCUCGCACAAUGUCGACAAAGACACCAAUGCGUCUGUCCAGCGCCACACACAGCGCCACUCCAACACGGUCCAGUGCCCAAAGAUCUGCCCUCGGCGAGAUUGACGGCAAUGAUGUGAGCAACGCUUCCUCCCAAGACGAGAAUCUUCCCGCCCCAACCCCCGGUCAGCCGAGAAAAUAUGCUCGCAUGGAUCCUAGACAUCAUCCAUACGCACGAUCGACGUCAAACUCGAUGCACAUCAAGGACGGCGCUUCCCAGACGUCUCAUCGGCAGAGUCUGAACGGUGCUGAAAGUGAAGAAGAGUUAACACUGCAGAGAGCCGCCGCGAGACGCAGCCACAGUAGAAGUCCCAGCAGCAAAGGAAAGGCCCGAAGCGUGUCCUACACAACGACCACGACCACCACGACCAAAACAUUUGAUGUUGCUGGUGGCAUGGGCAUCUAUGAGGAUGGUGCGGAGAUGGACUUCCAGGUCAUUGAAGACACCAAUGCCAUUUGGGAUGAACUUGCUCAGGAGCAAGAGAACCUCAAGCUCAGCACCAGGUCUGAAAAGGGUCAGAACGGCAAUCGACCCCGGACACCACGGUCCGCCAGUGGUAUGGGUGCGAUGAGCGUGUCCAAGACCCGAUCUCUAAGAGAAUCACCGCGCCGCGCAGGUGUCGAGGCCAACAUCAAGGUCCGCAAAACCAGCGGUCGGGUGGGCAGUGCCAGUCAUGGCCCCAUGGGUGUCAAACGAUGAUUCCAGUCACAUCUACCUCGAGAUGAUACGCUUUAACGAAAACUACUGUACUGAUGAUGUCUUGGACCAACAAAAACCUUUGAUGAGAUAGACGCAGGAACAACUAGUUGCAUGGAUGUCCAUCACCAGAGGAGGACAGCACUGUGGAUGAUCAAAGCUAUAUAUUGACAUGUGUCUGUCUGUCUGUCUGUGUAGCGGGUGGGCGCUGGCGGCAAGGUCGAUUGCACAACACAUGAAGUUCGAUCAGAUGGGACGAAUGACGACUUCAAAGGGAUGUUUGAUUUUGACGACGAUUGAUUGCAUGGCGCACUGGGUAGGGGGGCCGGGGACAUUGUUGAUAAAAUGACGUUUUUGUUAUGCAUGCAUGGUAAAAACACCAGGCACAGCCUCCGUCACCGGCUCUCGUACAUGGCUUAUAGUUGACAAGGCGGAUGGAUGGAUGGACAGUCGUUUAUUCCUCCUGGCUGAGAAUAGUAGCAGUGGUAAAACCUAGUGAUAGUCAUACUACUGUUCUUGACCAUUUGACCAAAGUUCGGCAGAGGCGGAGUAAGAAGUUGUUGGAGGUGUUUAUUGUAAAGAAUCAUUGUUUGUAUUGUUG